UGACCUAAAGGAUGUCUAGCUUACUUCCGCGUCAGCGCAUUAGAUAUGUGAAAGUUCUAUGUCAACUAAUCUGUGUUUAAUGGACAGUAAUGUGAGAGCAACUUCCUAGUAAAUCACACGUAGGAUAGUAAAUGUGGUAAAUACGCACAUUCUAACUCCAAGGUGGAUUCAGACCUGUCGAUGAGUAAAGCAUCUCGUGUUAAACUGGCUAUAGACAGACUGGUGUUAAAAUGGCUGCACAGUGGUCUUGUGGUCAUACAAACAGUGUGCUGAGUUUGGCAGUGAGCACAGACAAAGUAGUGGCAUCUGGAGCAGAGGCUGGAGAGCUCGCUAUUUGGAAUUAUCAAGGACUUCACUUGGAUACGUUGCAUCUUGAUGGCGGUGGUGAUGUCACUGGAAUUACCUUUUCCCCAGUUUGUUCUACCAGAUUAUAUGUUUCACACGGAGAAACUCUGAGUGUCCUUGACACUAGAUCGUUUAAAGACCCAGUUGAAAAUUUCAGUGUCAACAAAGAGGAAAUCAACUGUAUUUCGGUCAACGAAACAGGCAAUCUUCUUGCUGCAGCAGAUGACUCUGGAGCAAUCAAAGUCUUGGAUCUGGAAAAUAAGAAAGUCUGCAGGACACUACAGAGGCAUACUAAUAUCUGUUCAGCAGUUUCAUUUCGGCCCCAUCGGCCCCAGAGUCUUGUGUCAUGUGGACUUGACAUGCAGGUCAUGCUCUGGAAUAUGCAUAAAACUCGACCUUUGUGGAUCACGAAUCUUCAGCAGUUAGCAGAAGAGGAAAAUGAUGUGAAUCACCAUAAGUCCCCGGGACAGCUCUUCAAUCCUCCUUUGGCUCAUUCAGUUGCUGUUGCUCCCUGCGGGAAUAUCUUCUCUUGUGGUGCAGAGGAUGGUAAAAUCAGAAUCUUCCGGGUAACAGGCUCACGUUUUGAGUCUGACUUGUGUUUUAAAGGUCAUACUCAAGGAGUGUCUCAAGUUAGUUUUAUAGAUCAGAAUGAUGGACUCCCUUGGUUAAUCUCUGCUGGGAAUGAUGGCAAGGUGUGUCUUUGGGAUAUUGGGAAAGAAACUGCACCGCAACAGAAACCACAACCUCCAAAACAUGUGAGGAAGAAUGGGCAUGUUCACUCCAAAACCAAAAAUGCAGUCCAUCAAACAAAAGACACGUCUUCAAGAGUUACAGCUAGGCUUUCUAUUGAACACGGGGAAAAGGUGAACUGGAUUGUAGGAGCUGAGCUUCAGGGGUCUCAAGUGGUUCUAAUUGCAGAUCCAAGCAUCACAAUAUCUGUUUAUCAGCUAGGGGAAAUAUAGCUAAACUGCUAGGGACCGAACGUCCUGAAAUGCGGCAGCUUUUUAUGUAAAGCUGAAAUCAAUUUCCCACUUGUUAAAUAGAUGGAAGCAAAAGUGCACUUAGCAGCACUGUGAAAAUUGUGAAGUCAAGUGUGGGAUGAGUGAUCCACAAGCCACUGUGUAAGAAAAUAUCUCUGCAUCCUUUCUGUAACCCUUAAAAGAACAUUGAAAAA